CACUGCACCAGGAUGGCUCUGCGAUGGACUUCAGUUCUUCUGCUGAUGCAGCUGAGCGGUUACUUUCGCUCUGGGACUUGUGGAAAGGUGCUGGUGUGGCCCACAGAAUACAGCCACUGGAUGAAUAUGAAGAUAAUCCUGGAUGAACUUGUCCAGAGAGGACACGAGGUGACUGUACUGGCGUCUUCAGCGUCUGUUGUGAUUGAUCCCAGCAAAACAUCUGCUAUCAAAUUUGAAGUUUUUCCUACAUCUUUAAGUAAAGAUGACUUUGAAGGUUUUUUAAUGAAACUGCUCGAUAGAGCAAUAUAUGAUCUUCCAAAAGACACAUUUUGGUCACAGAUUUCACAAACAGAAGAAAUCAUUUUGGGAUUUUCUGCACUUAUGAGACAGCUUUGUAAAGAUGCAGUUUUAAACAAGAAACUUAUGACAAAGCUACAAGAGUCAAAGUUUGAUGUCCUCCUUGCAGAUGGCGUUGGUUUCUGUGCUGACCUGCUGGCUGAGAUACUUAAAACGCCGCUUGUGUAUAGUCUCCGCUGCUCUUCUGGCUACACAUUUGAGAAGCAUGGUGGAGGACUUCUAUUCCCUCCUUCCUAUGUACCUGUAGUUAUGUCAGAAUUAAGUGAUCAAAUGACAUUCAUGGAGAGAGUAAAAAAUAUGAUAUAUGUGCUUUAUUUUGACUGUUGUUUCCAAGGAUAUGAUAUGAAGAAGUGGGAUCAGUUGUACCUUGACGUACUAGGCGAGCUUGACAUGGAAGACUUUGUCCAGAGCUCUGGAGAGAACGGUGUGGUGGUGUUUUCUCUGGGGUCAAUGAUCAGUAACAUGACAGAAGAAAGGGCCAAUGUGAUUGCUUCAGCCCUUGCCCAGAUCCCACAAAAGAAAGUAGAAGGUCAUCCAAAAACCAAGGCUUUUAUAACUCAUGGUGGAAUCAAUGGUGUCUAUGAGGCUAUCUACCACGGGGUCCCUAUGGUGGGCAUUCCUUUGUUUUGGGAUCAACCAGACAACAUUGUUCACAUGAAGGCCAAGGGAGCAGCUGUUAGACUGGACUUCAACACAAUGUCAAGUACAGAUUUGCUCAAUGCUUUGAAAACAGUCAUUAAUGACCCUUUAUAUAAAGAUAAUGCUAUGAAAUUAUCAAGAAUUCAACAUGAUCAGCUAACAAAGCCCCUGGACCGAGCAGUCUUCUGGAUCGAGUAUGUCAUGCGCCACAAAGGAGCCAAACAUCUUCGGGUUGCAGCCCACGACCUCACCUGGUUCCAGUACCACUCUUUGGAUGUGGUUGGGUUCCUGCUGGCCUGUAUGGCAACUGCUAUAUUCAUCGUAACAAAAUGUUGUCUGUUUUUUUGCCGGUUAUUUACUACAGCAGGAAAGAAGAAAAAAACGGAGUAAUUAGAUCUAGACCUGAUCAUGCCAUAAUAAAGAGGAGUCCCAUGGAAGAAGGCGACCCAAGUCCCGGUGGACGUGCCAGCCUUUAGGUGCUCUAAUGUACCUGUUGAAGAACAGGGAAAAAUGAAAAUAUUUAUCUUUUCACUGAUCUUUCUUUAGUUAAUUUGUUCUGCAUAUCAGAUGGAGAUACAAGUCCUUAGUGACGAUUUCCCUGGAUUAUUUUCUCUUCUCCUGAUCUGUCUCACGGCUGGGUUUGUCAUCCUAGACCUCAGUUGGUGAGUCAUCUAUGAUGUCUGAAUUUGCAGAAGAUGGUUUCUCGGAUCACCUACAGGGUGUAAUAAAUAGUUCCACACUCAGAGAAGUCAUGUCUUCU